CAACCGUCGCUCUAUGCCGGGUCUCAAGAUGGAGAAACUUUGCUUGGUUUUGUGACAGCGAAUCUUCUUCCACUUCUAUUCCAACAUGUCUACUGCGAACUGGACAGGGGUGACUUGCACCCCAUGGGCCGAUCUACAGAUAAUAUCCAGUGAGAUGCGAAAUGCGUCACUAGGGAAUGAUGAAGACAAUGAAUCCGAAAACCUGACGUCAUCAAACGCUACGAAUUCGCACACCUGUUUUCAACCUCGCCUCAGCCGGACUAUCCUGAUCGUAGCUCUCAUCGACAUCAUUAUCUCUGUUGCCACCAUUGUGGGGAACGUUCUUGUCGUCUCUGCUGUCAUCAGAAAUCGCAGACUGCGGAAUGUAACUAGUGUAUUCAUCUUGGGCCUAGCUGCUGCCGAUCUUCAGGUCGGUCUGAACGUCCCAUACUAUGUGCUGUUUUACUUCAAUUUCCCUGCAGUGUCCUGCCACCGCAUCAGCUGCCUACUAAGAUACUGGUUUACCAUCUAUGCUUCGGGGUGCUCCAUGCUCUGCUUGGUGGGGGUCGCCGUAGACAGAUACAUUGCCAUAGUGCACCCACUUUCUUAUCACCGUAUCGUGAGAACUCGCUAUGCUUCCCUCUACCUGUUGGUGGUGUGGGUUUCUAUGGGGCUUCUCAGUUCCCUUCCUCUUUUCGGCGUAGGGGAGAGAUUCAACCCAUCCAAUGAAUGUGACUUGUAUUACGCGCACACUAAAGAAUAUGCCCUUGCCGCUGUGGCGUCUUUGGUCCUCUUCACGUUCGCGGUGACGACCACCUUGUAUUCGAUCAUCUUCAAAGCUGCCUGGAGACAAAAGAGAGCUGUAGUUGCGCUGGACUGGAACCACAAGGUCAGACAGGAGACAAAGACAGCCAGAAUGAUGGCCCUGGUAAUGGGAGUGAACUUCAUGGGGUUCCUUCCUUAUCUUACGAUUAUAACCAUGAGAUAUCUGGAUGGGGUCAACCAGGAAAAAAUCGCGUACUUCAAACCCUUCACGGUGUGUUUCUAUUUUGGAAAAUCAGCGAUCAAUCCUAUCAUAUAUGGAUGGAAGAACAAAGAAUUCAGGCACACUUUCAGGAGGUUGGCGAGUUUUAAUAAAGGAGUCAGAUGAACUCGACGUGUAAGGCAUGGCCAAGUGAAGAGGGACAUGUAUUUCUAGAGGUAAUAUAUGAAGUGACAGAACUUUGAUAUUUUCUGAGAUAUGAUGAUUAUGCUCAGAUAAAUCUUCUGAACGCGAUUAAUGGCGGAGCGUCUAUGAGGGUAUACCGAUUGCAAUUAGAAGAUACGCCCAGUACAUGAUGACAGUUACGGUGUUCUGGCAUUUGAUGGAGGCAUGGAAGUAUGCAAACUUCAUUGCAAAUGCGAAUCUUAUUAAGAUUUCAAAGGAUGUCUUUUCUCGAAUUCAGCAACUACAGUUGUAUAUUCACUUAUCAUCUUUUGUUCUUUCCUUAAUGGUAUUAAUGUUUAUUUAAUUUUAUUUUAGAAAGUAUACAUAUUAAACAUAUUUUGUUAUUAAAGAUUGAAUUA